AUGGAAGGCGUGAUCGAUACCAGGCCGCAACGGCUCCAGCACGGCUGCAACCCGUUAGCUGUAGUCGAGACGCUGGAAAGCACCUCGGAGGAGAGGGUAGCAGCCGACGGCGGCCGCCGCCAGAGCGACUCGUGGGGAAUAGCAAUCGAAGACGGCGGCCGCCUCACUAAUCGUCGCGUUUGGAGGACAAACGGCCGACACGCUCAUCGCGGCGGCCAGUUAAGGGAAAGAGUUAGCGAAGACAGGGAAAGAAUCCGUGAAGACGGCGGCCGCCUCUGUAGGGGCUCUACGGGAAGCGUGAGUGAAGACGUCGGCUUCUCCCGCACGGACUCGAGGAGGGUCAAUGAAGACCUGGGCUGUGUCUCAUGGGAGAGAGUUAGGGGAGAUGGUGGCCGCUGUCACAGCACCUCCUGGAAGAGAUUAAGAGACCGCGGCUUCAGCAGCAGCGACGUGUGUUUAAGUGAGGUCGGCAGCCACCAAACUAGUGACUGUGAGGGCCCGGUCCGAGAAGACCGCGGCCUCCGCUUCAGAGAUUCUUGGGAGGGAGUCAGAGAAGUCCCGGGUCCCCAAACCAGCGACUCCGGGGAGAGGGGCAGUGACUACCGCAGCCGCCCCCUCAGUGACUCUUGGGAGGAAGGGAGUGUCGAUGGCGGCCACAGCCUCAGUAAUUCUUGGGAGGGAGUAAGUGAAGAUCGCGGCUACGCGGCCAGCGACUCCUCUGCGGUGAGCGUCAGCAUAGACGCCAGCCGCUGCCUCAGUGGCUUCUGGGAGAGAGAAAGUAUAGACGAGGGUUCCCGCUGCGGGAGCUCCUGGGAGAGAACCAGGGAGGACGGCGGCCCUGGUCCGAGCGACGACGAAGGGGGUAGCCACUGCAGUGGGUCGUGGGUGACAGCGAGUGAAGAUCGCCGUAGCAGCAGGGGCUUGGACUCGAUUCCUCCUGGAAGUCCGCAGGAUCGCACCAUGCCUGGGGUGUCAGAUUCAGGCCCCUCCACCUCCUCUAGGGAGACUGCAAUCCCAUGUGCCCGGAAGAAGGUGCAUUUUAGUAACGUACAUGAUGCAGUACGGGCAGGAGAUGUGAAGCAGCUUUCAGAAAUAAUAGAACGUGGGGCCAGCAUUAAUGAAGUUGACAUUCUCCAUAAGUUUUCCCCUUUACACUGGGCAGCACAUUCUGGAAGUUUGGAGUGUCUUCAUUGGCUCCUCUGGCAUGGAGCUGAUAUCACACAAGUAACCAUGAGAGGUUGGACAGCAGCUCACAUAGCUGCAAUCAGAGGCCAAGAUGCUUGUAUGCAGGCUCUCAUAAUCAAUGGGGCAAAUCUGGCAACUCAAGAUGACCGUGGAUGCACUCCUUUACACCUUGCUGCAACACAUGGACACUCUUUCACUUUACAAAUAAUGCUUCGAAGUGGAGUGGAUCCCAGUGUGACUGAUAAGAGAGAAUGGAAACCUGUGCACUAUGCAGCUUUUCACGGGAGGCUUGGCUGUUUGCAGCUUCUAGUUAAAUGGGGAUGUGGCAUAGAAGAUGUGGACUACAACGGAAACCUUCCAGUUCACUUAGCAGCCAUGGAAGGUCACCUUCACUGUUUUAAAUUCCUACUCAGUAGAAUGAACAACACUACACAGGCUCUAAAAGCCUUCAAUGAUAAUGGAGAAAACGUAAUGGAUUUGGCCCAGAGGUUCUUUAAGCAGAACAUUUUGCAGUUUAUCCAAGGGGCUGAGUCUGAACAAAGUGAUCCAAAAGAUCAGGAAACCUUAGCAUUUCCAGGUCAUGUGGCUGCCUUUAAGGGUGAUUUGGAAAUGCUUAAAAAAUUAAUAGAAGAUGGAGUAAUCAAUAUUAAUGAACGUGAUAGUAAUGGAUCAACUCCUAUGCAUAAAGCUGCUGGGCAAGGCCACAUAGAGUGUUUGAAGUGGAUAAUUAAAAUGGGAGCAGACAGUAAUAUAACAAACAAAGCAGGGGAGAAACCCAGUGAUGUGGCUAAGAGGUUUGCUCAUUUAGCUGCUGUAAAGCUAUUAGAAGGGUUACAAAAAUAUGACUUGGAUGAUGAGAAUGAAAUUGAUGAAAAUGAUAUAAAGUUUUUUUUAAGACACGGUGUUGAGGGGAGCACUGAUGCCAAGGAUGAUUUAUGUCUCAGUGAGUUGGAUAAGACAGAUGCCAGAAUGAGAGCUUAUAAGAAAAUUGUUGAACUGAGACACAUGCUGGAAAUUGCGGAGAGCAACUAUAAACACUUGGGAGGGAUAUCAGAAGAAGAUCUAAAGCAGAGGAAAGAGCAGCUUGAGUCGGAAAAGACGAUCAAGGAGCUGCAGGGCCAGCUGGAGUACGAACGGCUGCGCAGGGAAAAAUUAGAAGGUCAGCUGGAUGAGUGCCGCGCAGAGGUGGAUCAACUCCUGGAGACACUGGAAGGGGUUCGGGCCCCCAGCGUUGCUGUGGAAGAGGAGUCUUCUGAGUCAAGCAAAGAUAAGAGGCGAGUGAAGAAAAAGGUGUCUUCUGGGGGAGUUUUUGUGAGAAGGUACUAAUCAGUGAAAUAACUUUAAAUAAACUUGAUUUUUCUUUUCUUUUUAAA